UAAGCGCUUUGAAUUCUGAAGAGCACUGGAGUAGACGUUGCCACAGUUGAAGCCAUCAGUUUUUUAGACUGAUGUACAGUAUAUCACCCCUUUCGACUUCUACAUCUUCACUUCAAAUCCAUCAAAACAAUUAGAGAUGAUAGGACGAGCAUUUGCAAAUAGAUCAUCAUUGCGAGCGAUUCUGAAAAAUGAAACAAAACUUUCUGAAUUACGGUUUGGGAGGUGGAUUUCAGUUUCGAGUAAUGGUCCCGAAGAAGCAGAGCUGAGUGGGAAGCGAUUCGCAGCCCUUUGGGGAAACGGGGAUUACGGAAGGCUAGGGCAAGGGAGUCUUGAGUCGCAGUGGAGCCCUAAGGCUCUGCCUCCUUCUCUUUUCGAUAAUCAAAGCCUCCGUGAGAUUGCUUGUGGCGGUGCUCAUACUCUCUUCCUUACAGAAAAUGGCCAUGUUUAUGCCAGUGGGCUCAAUGAUUAUGGACAGCUAGGGGUGUCAGCAGAUGAUAGAGGUUAUAUAAUUGAACCACUUGAAGUUGCUGGACUACCCAAAGAAAUUUUAAAAGUUUCAGCUGGUUAUCAUCAUUCUUCUGCUAUUACAGUGGACGGAGAGCUUUAUAUGUGGGGGAAGAACACAAAUGGUCAGCUUGGCCUCGGAAAGAGGAGGGAACAAGGGAUGCAUAUCUUCCAUUGCGAAGCUGCUACAAUACUUUCUACACCCAGUAAAGUUAAAUUCUUGACUGGAGUCACGGUCAAAAUCAUUUCUUUAGGCUUUGAACACUCAAUUGCUGUAACAGAUAAAGGUGAGACCUUGAGUUGGGGUGGGGGAGGAUCUGGAAGACUUGGUCAUGGACAUCAGUCAGGCAUUUUGGGACUCUUCAAAAGUGACAGUGAAUACACACCACGACUUGUUAAGGAACUUGAGGGAUUUAAGAUUAAGAAUGCUGCUGCUGGAAUGUUGCAUUCUGUCUGCAUUAGCGAGAAUGGAUCUGUAUAUGUUUUUGGUGAAAGAGCAAAAAAGAAAUUGGGCUAUGGUGAAGCAUCCAAUAAUUCGGUACCAUCUAUGGUCGAUGAAAUUCCAUAUUCUGAAAAGGCUGCAUGUGGAGGCUAUCAUACCUGUAUUAUUACAGGUGGUGGAGAACUGUACGUGUGGGGCACUAAUGAAAAUGGAUGUCUUGGUAUUGGUUCUACAGAUGUUGCUCAUUCACCUGAAAGAGUUGAAGGACCAUUUCUGAGGCAUUCAGUUUCCGAGGUAUCCUGUGGUUGGAAGCAUACGGCAGCAAUUUCUGGAGGAAAUGUUUACACUUGGGGAUGGGGAGGCUCCCAUGGGACAUUUUCUGUAGAAGGACAUUCUUCUGGCGGACAAUUGGGUCAAGGAAGUGAUGUUGAUUACAUUGAGCCUACAAUAGUCAACUUUCACAGACACAUGAAAGCAUUGCAAAUAUCAUGCGGGUUUAAUCAUACAGGUGCUAUACUUGAAUACAGCUAAUCAAAAGUCAGUCUUAUUAUUUCUCGUUGAGAAAGCGAUAUAUCUGCAUUCUUUUAUAUAUGUACACCAACUUCCCGGAGUGGAGAGCUUCUUCCAGCAGGUUUAGCGAUAUGAUUAAUGUGAUUUCACAUCUGCUAAAUCUCACGUAAAUUCCCAACAAUACUUCACAGAAAUAAGCAGUCUGUUAUUGCAGCUGUACUCCCAUACAUGAUCUGGAAUCACUUCCCUUUUCUUUUCUAGAAGUUUUUCUCCUCUUACCCAUGAGUCCACGGCGUUUACCUGUAAAUACCACCUACUGUAGCUGGUUGGGGUAAGCAAAACUACAUAUUGUUGUCACAUUGUGUAGCUUAGGUUCUGCAGCAUUGAAGAGCUAACUAUUCAUAAUAUGGAGUCUGGUUAUUGUGUCGACAAAGAAAUUAUCGCAAGUUGCAAUAAUUUGUAACCUAAUGAUAACCCUUACACUCGACCUGUUUGUACCGAGUUUAUCUCUUGUAAACCAUGCUAGCUUGUAUCAAAUAACAUAUCUGUUGUACCUCUUCUUGUUACGUGUUGCGCUGUUAUUUUC